AUGGGUUCCAAAAACACCCAAGUCCUAGCCAUACUUCUCAUCUCUCUUGUCUGUUUAACUUAUCAAUCCACAUAUCCACCACCAUCUCCUAAACCUAAGUCUCCUCCACCACCUCAUAAGGCAACUCCUCCACCGCCUCAUAAAGCUAGCCCUCCACCUCCUAAACCUAAAUCUCCUCCACCACCUCAUAAGACAGCUCCACCACCACCUCAUAAAGCCAGCCCUCCACCUCCUAAACCUAAAUCUCCUCCGCCACCUCAUAAUGCAACUUCGCCAUCACCUCAUAAAGCCACCCCUCCACCUCCGAAACCUAAAUCUCCUCCGCCACCUCAUAAGGCAACUCCCACACCACCUCCGAGCCCUGCGCUAAAUUGUACAAAGAAUGUACACGAAUUCAGUGUGUGCUCGGGACUCUUUAAGAAAGGGAAGGGGAUCGGAAGUGAUAGAAAAUGCUGUUCUCUUUUGAAUGGACCUGAAGCUGCCAGUUGUUUUUGCAAGGCCAUCAAAUUGAAAGUGUUCAACACUCCAAACUUAACAUCUCCAGUUGCCAUUUAUAAGGUCUACAAGUACUGUAACAAGAGCCCCCCGAAUGGUUUCAAAUGUCCCUCAAAACCAUGA